GCGGCGCUGGAGCGCGAGUGGCGGUGGUGAAGCGGCCAUGAAGGCGGGAGCUACUUCCAUGUGGGCUUCCUGCUGUGGAUUGCUGAAUGAAGUCAUGGGUACUGGAGCUGUCCGUGGCCAGCAGGCUGGCUUUGGGGGAGGUGCUGGCCCAUUCCGAUUCGCACCAAAUACAGACUUCGCAGCCUAUCCAUCUCCAGCUGCGGCGGGCGCUAACAUAGUUUGCAAAGCCUGCGGACUUUCCUUUUCAGUUUUUAGGAAAAAACACGUGUGUUGUGACUGCAAGAAGGAUUUUUGCUCAGUUUGUUCAGUCUUACAAGAGAAUCUCAGAAGAUGUUCCACUUGUCACUUGCUGCAAGAAACAGCCUUUCAGCGACCUCAGUUGAUGAGAUUGAAAGUGAAGGAUCUGCGUCAGUAUCUGAUUCUCAGAAACAUACCAACGGAUACUUGCAGAGAGAAAGAAGACUUGGUGGAUCUUGUGCUAUGCCAUCAUGGAUUGGGUUCGGAGGAGGAUAUGGACGCUAGUAGCUUGCAUUCGUCGCGGUCACAGACUUCAGGGUUUUUUACUCAUCCAUUUUCUAUGUCUGUAUCGGUGUCGUCUCAAGGAGAAUUUGCAAACAGAAGGGGAAGCACAGGAAAUGGAACACCUUUACGGGGACAAACGGAAACUUCUAUAAAUAAUGAAGAAGAAGAAAGUGCAGAAGAGCAGACCCCUGGAUUGUCCAGAAAGCGAGCGAGGGCAUCUUUGUCCGAUAUUUCAAGUCUGGAAGACAUUGAAGGGUUGAGUGUUCGGCAGCUGAAGGAAAUACUUGCCUGUAAUUUUGUCAACUACUCGGGAUGCUGUGAAAAAUGGGAACUUGUGGAAAAAGUGAGCAGACUAUACAGAGAGAGUGAGGAAAACCACAAGACACAGGGUGACAAGAUGCAGCUGAACGAUGACGAUGACAACCUGUGUCGGAUCUGCAUGGACGCUGUCAUUGACUGUGUCCUGCUGGAGUGCGGCCACAUGGUCACUUGCACCAAGUGCGGCAAGAGGAUGAGCGAGUGCCCCAUCUGCCGCCAGUACGUUGUACGGGCUGUGCACGUGUUCAAAUCUUAAACCAAGACCAAAACCGGACUUUAUAGUCACCCUUCCAGUGCUUCUGUGGGCAGGAGUGCCGAACCCUGGGGCAUGUGUCAGCUUUUUAGCUCUCGGCAAACACAAUUAUUUUGAACGUCAGGAUCUAGAAGUUUGUGAAACACUUUUUUCUACAGCAUUCUGAAUCCUCUGGUUGGGCGGUACAACACGAUGCCUGUACGUACAGUAACAGCGCUGCCUGACUCACCUUACAAACCCAAAACUGUUUGAGUCAAACUGUUUACAGCAGUUCUUGCUCUCUUCUGAAGAAUAUCACCUCUAAUUAUCGCAUUCAGUACUCGGCGAGUGGUCAGAAAACACCUCUGCUUGACCAUAUUAGCGUGUUACCUUGUCUAGUGCAUUAGAAGCAAUGAAUAUAUCAGUUGAAUAUUCAGCUUUUACAUAAUUAUAGAAUGUAACUAACUGUUCUGACACUGUCCCUGCAACAGUGUUAACAGUAUAAAAUAUAACUGUAGAAAGCACUGCCAUUAACUGUACCUGCACAGAAGCCCUUAAAUCUAUUUGAUGCCGAUUGCUUCCUUCCGAACAUCUGCCAUUACCCACGUACUGUCUUGGCCAUUCUUUGUCAAUGUACAAAAAGCUCUGUCGUUUCUCAGGGCGCUGCCACGUGGUGUCCAAAUACCAAUUACUAAGUGUUUUUUAGUUUAGGAAUAAAAUAUUUUUUUAAAAAGGGGUAAAGUAAACCAUAUUAUUGUGGUCCUUAAUCCGCUCAUGCCUGUUGUAACUAUUAAUCUUACGUGUGAUGAUUGUAUGCCAUGUGCCGACAACCUGAUGUUACUGUGAAUACUAAUCAGGGUCAUGAAACUACUUGCUGCUAACCUGUGGAAUGUAUGCUGUUACUAACCUUAACCGGGGAGGGUUUUGUUAAGGGGAAGGGGAAGGAAACACAGUAUUUGUUUAAAACCUCAUGCUCACAGCUGUUUAACCAAGGCUGAGUCACUAUUAACCACGCCUCCCCUCAGCUGCCAAGGGGCCUGCAUUGCUGUCAGCCCUUGGCCCAGAUUCUAGCUGGGCUUUGUGCCAUCAGCAGGGUGAGGGUCUUCCUCAAGCAAGAAUUUUAACAGUCCUUGUAGGAGAUCUGUGACAGACAACACUGGGAGGAGAGCAGUAAGAAUAGCUCUUGUUCUGGGGAUUAAGUUCACUGUAAAAAGAGGAGGUGAGGAGGGACAGGGUGUCUCCUGGAUGAUUAUCUUUUAAGCAGAGGUGAUCAACAAAGCCACAGUUUCUCCUUUCAUUUCCCACGUGCUGGCAAAGUAUCAGAGCCAGGGCCAUGCUUUGCCUAGGCUGUAGUACCCCAGACCUCUUACCUCUGCUAUGCUGUCACGCCUGCUCUUGUCCUUUGUGUGAAAAAUUAAGCUGGCUUGAAAAAGAGAAAGUAGCUGCUCCUCCUCAAGCUAAAAUACACAGCUUAGAGCCAGGGCUGGUCAUUUUUCAGAAGGGAGCAAACCUCUCAAUGGCUUUAUUUUUUAGAAGUAACUUUUUAAUAGUACUUAAUUUCUGGAGUCUCUGUUCAGUGGGUAGGCUAAUGAAGAAAAACAUACCCUCUGUGUUCUUUCCACACUGAUCAUUAGCCACACAAG